AUGACUGAUCAUACUCCCUCACAAAGGUAUUUAUCUACUAGAGGAGGCGACUACGGAUUGUCUUUCGAAGAUGUCGUAUUAAAAGGUCUCGCUGCCGAUGGAGGACUAUUCAUUCCUGAACAAAUCCCAUCACUACCAGAGAAUUGGGAGUCAAAAUGGAAGGAUCUGUCAUUCUCUGAUCUCGCAUUCGAAAUCCUUUCCCUUUACAUCUCUCCUUCCGAAAUACCACCCUCGGACUUAAAAGAUAUCAUAAAUCGAAGUUACUCUACAUUUCGCGCCCCAGAAACUACACCCCUUGUUCCUCUCAAUGAGAAAGAUAAUUUAUAUCUUCUGGAAUUGUUUCACGGCCCUACGUUUGCAUUUAAGGAUGUCGCAUUACAAUUACUCGGAAAUCUUUUCGAAUAUUUUCUCGUUAGACGGAACAAAGGCAAGGAGGGAAAAGACAGACAUCAUCUUACAGUGGUUGGGGCUACAAGUGGUGAUACCGGAUCUGCUGCCAUCUAUGGUUUGCGAGGCAAGAAGGAUGUUUCAGUCUUCAUUUUACAUCCAAAGGGUAGAGUAAGCCCUGUACAAGAGGCUCAAAUGACAACGGUCUUGGAUGCCAAUGUACACAAUUUGGCAGUCGAAGGAACUUUUGAUGAUUGCCAGGUGAGUCAUGCAUCUCUUUAUACUUGACAUAUCUAAUGGUGCUCAGGACACCGUCAAAGCCUUAUUUGCAGAUCCGCAGAUCAAUGAGACGAUGAACCUAGGAGCUGUCAAUUCUAUCAAUUGGGCCAGAAUUUUGGCACAAACCACAUAUUACUUCCAUGCAUACUUCUCUCUCAAAAAGUCGCCUGCAUAUAAACCCGAAAACAGAGUUCGUUUCAUCGUUCCUACUGGUAACUUUGGUGAUAUUCUGGCCGGAUAUUUUGCAAAGCGCAUGGGUCUACCAGCUGAAAAGCUUGUCAUUGCGACAAACGAGAAUGAUAUCUUAUACCGCUUCUGGAAGACAGGACACUACGAGAAAAAGGCUGUUCACGGCGUCGAAGCUGAAGGUGGUCUUGCUGAGGAUGGAGUAAAAGCACAUGAAGACGGUGUCAAGGAGACCCUUAGUCCGGCCAUGGACAUUCUUGUUUCGAGUAACUUUGAGCGAUUACUAUGGUUUUUGGCCUACGAAUACGCAUGUGCCGCUGGUAUGGAUGAUGAAUGGAACAAAAAGCAAGCAGGUCAGGAAGUCGAAGUCUGGCUCAAACAAUUGAAAGCGCAAGGUGGAUUCAAUGUCCAUGACGAAAUUCUCAAGGCUGCGAACAGAGAUUUCGAGAGCGAGAGAGUCAGCGACAAGCAGACCAUCGACACAAUUAAGGAUUUCUAUACUAAUGGCUCAUAUGUUUUGGAUCCACAUUCGGCCAUUGGUGUAGCUGCCUCAUUACGAUCCAUUUCCCGUUCGCCAGACGCAUAUCAUAUUUCCCUUGCAACAGCACAUCCUGCUAAGUUUGCAAAUGCCGUUGAUCUCGCACUAAAGGACGAAAAGAGUUUUAGUUUUGAUACCGUACUCCCAAAGGAAUUUGUCGGUUUGGAAGACAAAGAAAGGCGAGUCAGAGUGGUACCUAGCACUUCUUGGGAAGAGGUCAGGGCGAUUGUUGUAGAGGAAGUCGAGGCAGAGUUAAAAGGCACCAGAUGAUAUACAUUUUACUGUAAUAUAAUAGGCUUAAUUGCCCACACCUUUUGAGCGUUUGCGCCACGUAUUUCCCGGUAAAAUUGUGACAAGGCUACGCUUCAGAUUUCACCUUACAGGAGUGCCUCCC